AUGGCUUCAACAGUGACGCUCGCAGAUUACCUCUUUGGGCGCCUGCGCCAGCUGGGUGUUGGCUCGAUCCACGGUGUGCCUGGAGACUACAACUUGGAGCUCCUGGACUACGUCGAACCGGCAGGCCUGCGCUGGGUUGGCAAUGCCAACGAGCUCAACGCCGCCUAUGCCGCCGAUGCCUAUGCGAGGAUCAAGGGCAUCGGCGCCGUCAUCACCACCUUUGGCGUCGGUGAGCUGUCCGCCGUCAACGGCAUCGCCGGAGCCUACGCCGAGUUCGCACCCGUUGUUCACAUUGUUGGCAUCCCGCCUCGUUCCUCCAUAGACGGCCGCCUCCUGAUUCAUCACACCUUCAACGAUGGCGAGUAUCGUCGGUUCGCCGCCAUGCACGCCCAUGUCACGGUGGCCCAGGCCUGCCUCACCGAUCCGCGGACGAGCGCUGAGCAGAUUGACCAUGUCCUGAGGCAGUGUCUGCUGUACAGCCGGCCUGUGUAUAUCGAGGUCCCCGUCGACAUGGUGGCGAAGCCCCUCUCGGCCGGCAGGCUCGAGACCCCCAUCGAGGUUCCACAGGGCGAACAGGACGCUGAACAGACCAAUGUGCUCGAAACGGUUCUCCAGAAGAUCUACGACGCGAAGAAGCCCGUCAUCUUUGUUGACGGCGAAAGCAGACCCCUGGGCAUCUGCAAACAGGCCGAGCAAAUCGUCGAGGGGACAAAGUGGCCGACGUGGACGACGCCCUUCGGCAAAAGCCUGACCAACGAGACGUUGACAAACUUCCACGGCAUCUACCGGGGUAAAUACGACGACCCGGCAGUGCAGAGCUUCAUCGGCGACGCGGAUCUCAUCCUCAUUUUUGGCCCGCACUUCAGUUCCACAAACACCAGCGCCUGGACCAGCAUUCCCAACGAGGACGUCUCGGUCCUCUUCACCACCAAGGGCGUUCAGGUCGGAGGCAAGCUGUUUCGCGACGUAUCAGCCAAGACCGUCGUCUCCCAGCUCGCCAGCGCCCUCGACUUCAGCCGCGUGGCCUCGUACAGCCCCUACCCAGAGCUACCUCGCGACAAGUCCCUGCGCAUCGCCGACAUGCCCAUGGACGAGCCGCUCGAACAGUCCGCGCUGUGGAAGGUGCUGGCGGGCAUGGUCAACCCCGGCGACAUUGUGCUGGGCGAGACCGGCACCGCAGGCUACGGCGUCCGCGAAAUGCCGCUGCCGCCCGACACGCGGCUGUUCACGCCCGUGACGUGGCUCUCCAUCGGCUACAUGUUGCCGGGCGCCCAGGGCGCCGCGCUGGCCCAGCGGGAGCUCCUCGCGUCCGCCCCGUCCUCUGGUCCGUCGACGCCCAAGACGAUCCUGUUCAUCGGCGACGGCAGCUUCCAGAUGACGGUGUAG